AUGCAGAGUCUGAUGCAGAAGCUGAUGCAGAAGCUGAUGCAGCGUCUGAUGCAGCGUCUGAUGCAGCGUCUGAUGCAGCGUCUGAUGCAGAGUCUGAUGCAGAGUCUGAUGCAGAGUCUGAUGCAGAGUCUGAUGCAGAGUCUGAUGCAGAGUCUGAUGCAGAGUCUGAUGCAGAGUCUGAUGCAGAGUCUGAUGCAGAAGCUGACUCUCCCCUGGAUCACUCUCGGUGACAUCACACAGAUGAGGGAGCAGAUUUCAAGUGUUAAUGACGUGAAGAUUUAUAAUUUAAGUCACGGAAAGUCUCUCCCGGAGUGGCUGUCAGACAGAAAAAAGAGGCAGCUACAAAAGAAAGAUGUCGACAUUCAGCGCAGGAUCGAGCUCAUCCAGGAUUUCGAGAUGCCCACAGUGUGCACCUCGAUAAAAGUGUCAAGGGACGGACAGUAUGUUUUAGCUGCAGGCACGUACAAACCCAGGAUACGUUGUUACGAUACUUAUCAGUUGUCGUUGAAGUUUGAGCGAUGCCUGGAUUCAGACGGUACGUGCACCCCCAGUCUAUGA